AUGGCCGUGAACGGCGGCGUCCUCAGAGCUCUUUCCAGAUGUGGCCAACCGAUGGCUGGCGGCGGCAUCUCUGCCCGUCGGCGCGGGCAGGGCGCGGGGGAGUCGGAGCUGACACUCGGCCUGCGGGACCAGCUCGAGCAGGUAAAGCGGCAGUUCGAGGCCUUCAGGAAAAGCUCCGGCAGGGAGCUCGACGACGCGCGCGCGCAGAACAGGGAGCUCGGGGGGAAGGCCGAGCAGCUGCUCUCGGACUUGGAGGUCGCGCGGACGAUGUCCCAGAAGCAGGGCGUGAUGGAGAUGCACAGGGCGAACAUGAAG